CCACCAGCUGACCAGGUGACGAGCCAACCAGCUGCGCACAAGACAGACCGAGGGAAGGAAUACGAGCUGAGUUGCACACUCUCUGGCAAGCGAGCAUGAAACGGUUUCGCAGCAAGGCGUUGGCCGUGACGGCUGCGAGCAAGUUCCGAGCGGCUGCAAAGCAUGGCGCGAGCAAGAUGGCAGGGACCAAGGCUGGGCGCAAGAUCCAAGGCAUGGCAGAGUCGGCGUACUCGCGGACACCGGCGGGGAAGCGGUAUGCGGAGCGGAAGAUGUCGCGGCUGCGGGCAGAGGAGGACGCGUUUCUGGUCGAUCUCAUGGAGGCUCAGUUUGACGCGGAGACGAUGACCUCAGUGGAGGCUGCCAUGGCCAAGGCACUGGCAGAGGUUGGUCUCGAUGGCGAACGGGCGCGCGGGCGCGGCGGCCAGGUGGACAUGACGCCCGAGGCUAUUCCCGGCUGGGCCGGAACACCGCUGGCCGAUGGCGAGUUUGAGGUCGGCGUCUGCGCCGCGAGCGAGGACGUCGAGUUUGCGAACGCCCUUGCCGAGGUCCUCAUCGAGGGCGGGUUCUCGGUCACGACGGACCACGCGGCGCUCCAUAACACGCGAGUGUUUGUCCUUGUCUACUCGGAGUUUACCGUCGCCGAGGCGCCGUCGCGGCUCCUCACCGACGCAUCAUCGCGGUUCAACAAUGGGCUCACGACUAUCAUUCCUGUCGUCCACCCGCGAUGCUCGCCGUACGUGCUGGACAAAAUCCCCGACUCGCUCGCGUACGCGCUCGCCAACACCACCUGGUUCAACUUUCAGUUUGACCUCGAUCCGAUGUCCGAGGUCUACGACGACCUCGCGUCGACGCUCAACAACUACCUCCGUCCGCACGAGGCCUCGUGGUGGCUCACUGGGGUGUGGCGGUUCGAGCUGGUGGUGACCGGCGAGGCCGGCUCGGCCGUCUACGAGGUCAAGGACGUCCUCGUGUACCUCGAGCAGCUGGACGCGACGGCUGUCCGUGGCCUCACCGUCGACGGCAUCGCGUUCACUGGGCGCCUCGACGGGACCUCGCUCUCGCUCACCGGCCGGUACGCCGGUCGAUGGGUCCAGGACUCGGAGGGGUGGCAGUCCGAGUUUCUCGGCUUUGUCUCGCACUACGAUCUCGUGCUUCGCAACGUCGGCCACUCGCUCGAGGGCACGUACGCCGACUACACGCCAGAGGGCGGGCUCCGGCACGGAACUGCGCGCGGCGAACGUGGCGGCUCGGGCAUCACUGGCUUUUACAAGCUCGCCCUUGACGAGACGGACAACCUACCGCUGGCGCUGUACCACACUGGAGCAACCCGGCUCGAGCUUGCCCUUCCCGGCGCGUACGGCACCGUCCUCGACGGCGUGUUUGACGGCAACAAGUUUACCGUCGCCGCUGAGCUUGGCCCGCACAAGGCCAUCACCUUUGUCGGCUACCUCAAGCGCCGCGACGACGCCCGCCUCCACCUCAAGCGGCACCACCUCAAGGGAGUGUACUACGCCGUCGAGGGCGGGCUCAACAUCGUCGGCGCCCGAAAGUUCAAGGCCAAGUACUUGACCGAGUCGCGAGUCGGCCUCGUGCCCUCGCCGCCGCUGUAUCAAGCCGGCUACGAGGGCGAGACCGGCGGCGAGACUCCGCCGGACGCCAGCGUUGACUCGAUGCUGCACCAGCGGCUCCUCGACGCACAUCUUGGAACGGGCACUCGGACGUCUUCGGCGGCAUUUAGGCAGUAUGUGUUCAAUCCGCUCGCGGACGGCGAGUUUGCCGCCGUCAUUGCCGGGCCGGACGACGUCAUCGCACAGCACGCAAGCUCGCUGGCAGCGGCACUCGAGGCUGCCGGCGUCGGCCCAAUCUCCACCGACUACAAGGCCCACGGCAGUUCAGCGAGGACCAUGGUCUUACUCCUCUCGAUGGCUACCGCUGGCGACGCUGCACUGGUUGACUACGUGUGCGCCGCAGCGGGGGCAGGCAUGCCGAUUUUCAACGUCGGCGUCGCGUCAUGGUGGGACAUCUUCUGCUCAUCCGCGUGGGAGCCGGCGGCGGCGUCGCGGUUCAAGGCAGCGCUGGCGCGGCUGAACAUGACCGACGCGUCGACGCUGCAGCCAGACCACUCGUCAUUCAAGGCACUGGUGGCUUCGAUCAGGUCGCACAUUGUGCCGCGGCAGCACAUUCUCUCGGGCGCAUGGAUGCUGCGGCCGAGCUCAAUGUCGGCCGACGCGGUGGGAGCGGGAGUAGCCGAGGUGCCUGCGGUGGCGACGUCGGCAUCGGCAUCGGCCGCCGCCGAAGACCUCACCUACUUUCUGCAGGUCUACCAGCAGCCGACUUCGGACGCGGUGACCGCAGUCGACUUGCGCGGCCACCGGUGGAGUGGCCGGUUGAGCGGGGCAGAGCUGGUCCUGACCUCGGAUGGGAUGGAGAUUAUCAUGUCGCUCUCUGAGUGCGGGACGGUGAUGCAGGGCACUAUGCAGACCACGUCGCACGACGCGGUGACCGGCAACGACAACUGGGCGGCAUCAUCCCAAGGCGGAGUGACCAAACGCGACAAGCUUCUCGGCUCGGCGCAGUGGAUCAAGAAGCGGCUGAGCAAGGUCAAGUCGUACCACUACACCGGGACGCUUGAGGCCGAUGGGCUCUCGGGCCUGUUCUUCGAAAAGCCCGAGGCCGAGCUCGACGAGGCGUCAGCGAAUAUGGUCCAGCGGGCACUGGCCUUUCACGCCGAGACCGGUGGUUGCAAGCGCGCCGGCGUGGAAGGCGACGCUGCUACGGCGUCGCGCGUGGUCUCUGCUAUUGCCGAGCCGCGGUUCUUUGGUGUCUUCCAGCGCGGCGGCUCGCGGCUACUGGUCAAGUACGCUGACUCGUUCUACAACGGAACCGUCCGCGAUGGAGCAGCCAAGUUUGUCGUCAAGACCAAGUCGGGGGAGUACAAGACUGUGGUGGGCCGGAUUGUUCAUGGCCGCUCGGGUACGUUUCUCCGCGGGUACUCGUACACCUCGCGGCGUGGGGCGUUCAAGCUCGCGUACCGGGCCAAGAAGCAUCUCUCCGAGGAGAACGUGCCUGUGAUUGCCGCUGCAGACGAAGCCGCGUCCGGAGUUCUAUGUCCGCUCGCGCUUGUCAUGGACGUCGUCGAUGGCUACUGGGCCGCGCUCCUUGCCGGCGAGUACAGUGUGUUUGUCUCGCUUUGGGUUCCCGGGACGGACACGACGCUGUCGCGGACAGAUUUCGCGGCGCUGGCGGCGAGCGUGGCGACUGCGGAACCGCCAUUCGGCGAGUACGUUGAUGCUCAGUAUGUGGGGCGGAUCCCGAUUGAGAACGAUUCACUCGAGGCGUGGCGGUAUGAGUUUGAGUGCCAGUUCACGGCGCGGAGCCUCCGAUACUGUUUCUUCCUCACCGACGGCGGUAAGAUUGUGCGGGCCAUGGCGCAGGCGGACCGGACAGCCCACACCCGGGCGUCGCAGCAUGACGUAAUGAUCUCGUACAGGUCAACCGACGCCGGCUUUGUUGACGUCUUGCAGGCUUACCUCGAAGACCACGGGGUCUCGGUCUGGCGCGACCGGCGGAUGGAGGCCGGGACCGACUGGUCGUCGACCAUCGCGGCGGCGUCGCGUGGAGCGUCGUCAAUCCUCAUCUCGGCGCUCUCGCGCAACUACCUCGCCUCGUCGCUCUGCACCAAGGAAGUGCGACUGGCCGCAGAGCUGGGUAAGCCGAUUCUUCCGAUUAUUCUCCCUGCGACAGCCGAGCCAGGCGAGGGUGGGCGGCGGAUGGUGGCUGCUCCGUACGAAGCGUCCGGACCACCGGCAACGAUCGCGCGGGCGCUUGCUAACGUCACCAUGGUCGACCUGCGUGGGGCGUACAGCGGCCCGGACCCCGAGGAUGGCCGUGCUCUGCGCAGGGCGUACCCGACGCAAAUGUCUGCGCUGCUCCGUCAGAUCCGGCACUCGCUCGCCUCGGGCAUCACGUGGGACGUGAGUGGCAAGUGGCGGCUGUCGAUGACGUCUGUUGGCGAAGAGGCCGAGACCAUGGCACCGACGCUGGAGCUAGUCCAGUCAGGCUCGGCCGUCACCGGCGCAGCCUCACUCUUCAACGGCAUGGUUGCGCUCGAGGUAGACGAGGCUGCAUCGGGUGCGCUCGGAUCACGGCUCUUCUUCACUCUUCUCUGCGACGACCGGCGGUGGCAGUUUACGGUCCGGGCCAUGCUCGCAGUCGACGGCGAGUCAUUUGAUGGGCUCUUCUGGUCGCCGUCGGGCAACCGCGGGGUGAUUUCGGCCGCCCGGGUCUCACGUCGCGAGUCGGUCAACGUCGGAGGAAGGUCAUCGCGCAACCUCGAGUCACUUGCGGACGCGGUGGCGAGCGCGUUGGAGAGCAGCCCUUAGCGGAGCGGUCGUUGCGCGCCGCAGAGUGAGCAUGACGAAUGCGUCAGCCACAGCCCUGUGGCUGAGUCUAAGUUGUCAUCUUUGUUUCGGCGGUGGUAGGCACCGAGUUGGUCGACCGCCGCCGUCUGUGGGCGAUACGAUUGAUCCGAGAGAGCGUCACCGAGCCUGGUGGAGUCGGUGUCGUGUCGUCUCGCGGCAAGGGCUUGAGAGCAGGGGACAAGGAAAGUGCCCGCGCCCGGGAACUGCUCCGAACCCGAACUCUCCGCUUGCGGGUGACGGCAUGUGAGACCUUUGAGGCGUUCGAGGCAUCGGAUGCGCCCGAAGCUUCGCUGCUGUUGCCAUCGCCAUCGAUGAUGCGGCUGUUGCGUGCGCGAGCAACAGCCAGAUGCGUCCCGACUUGACCAUGGGAGGCUGACGAGACCAUGUUGCGCGCCGAUCUCGUGCGGAGAGCGCGUGGCUCGCGCGGGCUAGUUCUGGCCAUGUUGCGGUGGGUUUUGGUGCGACGGACGGCACAACGUUCGAUCUCGUAUGACGACGUGUGGGCGCGGGCAGUUUGCGAGCCGUUGCGAUCUUGAAGACAGGCAUGGCCACGAGGCGAGAUGACACCCGCAACAUGAUACUCGGUUGAAUGGAGCGAAAUCGAGCGCGGGCGGGACAGCCUGGUGCCAGACGGAGAGCGGCCGCGCGAGUUUGCGAGCCUCUCCGAGGGCGAAGUGCCCUCGAUCGAGUGACGUACAAGUGCUUCGACGAGGGCAACACCGGAUGGUGGAUCGGCAGCCGUGUUGGGUGGACUGCUGGUGGCGAGGGAGCUGGCCAUGGGAAAGGUGUUGGUUGUUGACUUGCCGAGCGAGCUGAGCGCUUGCUUUGUAGUCAUGCGAUUGGCGAGCGCCGGUGCGGCCACAAUGUCGCUGGGGAUGGCGUCUUCGUCGGGCCAGACGCUGGCAAAUACGUCACCAGUGAGCAGGAUGGCUGAUCUGGCGAUGCGCCGCAUGCGGUCGUCGGUAAAGCACAGCGAGCGAGAAGCAAGGUCAGCUGGAAGCAUCUCCCAGAUUUCGCACGGCUGGGCGAGGCCGCUGAAAACGAGGACAGCCAACGGCGCAAGUGCAACAGCGGAGCGGGAGGUGCUCGGGCUAGGCGAUGACGAC